UGACUCGUGGCCGGAGACACGCGCCCUCAGUUAAACUCAUCCGGUAACCGUUUCGAGGCACGUAAGCGCGUGGAAUUUCGAAUUAAUCGAUAGCAUUGUGUUUGUACGUGGUCGUGAUUGGAAAAUAUCGUUUAUAAUGUGAAAUGUGUUACGAUAUUAUUGGGAAAAAAUAUUUGUAUAAGCUAUAACGUACAUAAUCAUCGGAAGGAGGAGAAUUACAUAAUAAAACUUCUUUAUUAAAAAGUAAAAUAAAAUAAAAAUGCCUGCUGUAAGCAUUUGUGACCCAGUUGCGGCUACACUUCGUCGUACUUUAGACACUAACCAGUCCAAAACAUCAGAUGAGUUAUCAACAAAUUUAGUUACCAGUGCAUCAAGAAUUCUUCAGUCAGAAAUUCAAUAUAAAGAAGUGGAUGAUUAUCAAACUACAAUUUUAGAUCAACUUAAAGCCAAAUACAUUGUAUUAAGUUUACCAAAUUCUGAAAGUUUAGAUGAAAAAAUAAAAGAUGGAGUAAACUAUACAAAAAAGAAUGAAAGAGGAUGUAAAGGACCCAGUUUGCCAGAACCAACUAUUACCUUAUAUUCUCCAAAGAAAGUUAGCUUAGGAUGGAAGGGUACGUUUCCAGUUGGAGCUGGCAUGUAUAAUGUUGGAAAUACAUGCUAUUUAAAUAGCACUCUCCAAGCUUUGUUUCAUGUACCAGCUCUUGUUAAUUGGUUAUUAUCAGACUCUCAUCAUACAUCAAAAUGUGAACAAAAUGUUUUAGAUGGAGGUGGAGAAUGCCUUACAUGUGCAGUGGCUAAGACUUUACAAUUUAGUCAUCAGAAAUCAGGAUGUGCCAUUAAGCCAUUCUACAUAUAUAAUAAAUUAAAACUUAUUUGUCGAACCAUGGUACCAGGACAACAAGAAGAUGCUCAUGAGUUUUUACGUUACUUAUUAGAAGGCAUGGAGAAAGCUUAUUUAGCAAGACACAAAGCUAGUAAACUAGACAGUUAUUCUAAAGAAACAACACCUAUUAAUCAAAUUUUUGGUGGUUAUAUUCGUACUGAAGUGAAAUGUUUACAAUGUCGGCAUGUUUCUACAACUUUUCAACAUUUUCAAGAUUUAUUGGUUGAUAUACGUAAAGCAAGUACUCUGGAUGAAGCAUUAAGUAGUUAUUUUAGUCGUGAACAACUAGAUAACAAUGAUUAUAAAUGUGAAGCUUGCAAAAGAAGAGUUCCUGCUACAAAACAAUUUAGCUUAGAAAGACCUCCUAAAGUACUUUGCGUACAAUUAAAAAGAUUCAGUGUUCUAGGAGGAAAAAUAUCUAAACAUAUAGGUUUCAAGCAAACUAUAGAUAUGGGUCCUUAUCUUUGGAAAGAACCAGGAGAAUCAUCACAAUCACUUACAUACAAACUUAUGUCAAUAGUUACACAUAUGGGUCCAUCAGUUAAUUGUGGACAUUAUACUGCAGUUGCUAAAGUUUCGACAGGCCAAUAUUAUUCCUUUGAUGAUUCUUGUGUUCGUCCACUUAGUUUGAGUAAUGUACUCAGUACAAAUGCUUAUAUAAUGAUCUUUGAAAUGGAACAACAAACACAAUCUCAAAUUCAAGCACAACAGACUCUUAAAUUAAAUGGUACAAUGACUGUGAAUAACACAUUAUCUUCAUCAGGAACUUCUAUGAAUAAAACUAUAGCUCCCAAAGCAUCAACAUCUGGGUUACUCUCAUUAAAUGGAUUAAUUAAUGGUACAUCAGCUAAUAAAGAUACUACAGAAAAUUUGGAAUCAAGUAUGCAGAUAUCAAUAAAUAAUAAUUCAGGACUUCAAUUUACUACUCAAAAAAAUACAAAUUUUAUCGGGCCGCAAUUACCACAAAAAUUACAAGAUAAAUCUCAACCAAGAUUGAUUAUGCUGAUUAAAAAUGGAAAGAUUUUAAAUGGGAAUAGUUUAGUACCUUAUGAUGGAUCUAGCGAAGAAGAAGAUAUUAAUUCUAUUGGAACGUUAAAAAACCAUACAAAUUCAAAUACUUCAGUAAAAAAAAACAUUUCUCUUAGUACCACUAAUGGUACACAAAAAUGUUCUUUAGUAAAAAGUAGUUCACCUACUGCUAAAAUAGUUCUUAAUUCAAAAGAAGUACAAAAAUGUACAUCUAAGACAAACGGCAGUAAUGCUCAGAACCAAACAAAUAUAACACAAUGUACAAAAACACAAAAUGGUUCUAGCUGUAGUACCAUUACAAGUACAAUAAAAUAUCAAAAUGGUAAAUCAGAAGCAAAUGGUAAAACAGAAAGUGGUAGUAAUAAUAGCAAAAGUAAGUGGCAUCAAUCAGUUAGAGUAAAAACAGGACAAGACGACAAAGUGAUUACAAAGGCUACAAGCAGCAGUAUAAAAGGUUGGCAAGUUUCAAAAGAUACAUCAUUCUCACCUACGUCAACUGCAGCACCAAAUGGAUGGUCUGUGACUGAUAACAUCAUCUUUUUUAUUUUUCAUAGAGAAGAUGUUCAUAAAAUUAAUCAGAAUAAUAACACGCCCAGUGCUGCAGCUUUAAGAAACUUUAAUGGGACAAAUCGUUCCGAUACUGUUUCUCAUUUAUUAAAGAUGUCUCAUCGUGGUUAUGGCAGUUCUUCGGUUAUAAAUUGGAACGGCAACAGAACACACUUAGAUAGAGAAGUUGAUAAUGAUAGAAGAGAAGAACGUAAACGACAUUUCAAUGCAGAUGAUGAAGAAAUAGAUCGUGGUCGAGUAAAGAAAGUAAAAGAUCAUCGAACAUAUGAAGAAAGAAGUAAUGCAGGAUAUAAUCCUUUCCAAGAAUAUCAAAAUGGCAAAACGUGGAAUCGAUCUCUCGGUGGUUAUUAUCGGAGACAUUAUUAUAAUACUUCCAACAAUGCACGACCGCGACAUGGUAGAAAUUAUAGGCCUUCAUAUUACAGAUAUCAUAAUCAUUCUCGUGCACAUUGGCAGCGAGGGUAAAAUAAAAAAGAUAAGUUGUUGAAAAAAAUUUCAAAAGCAAUCUGAUGUCGAAAGACUUCGUUAGUUUCAAUUGCUAAAGCAAAUUAUAAUUUUUCAAUACAUUAAAGUUAAAAUACAGAUGUGGCAGUGCUGAUUUAGGUAAUUAAUGUUGAAAGUAACUAUUCAACAUUUUGCGUAAUGAAUCGCUAAACUGCAUCAUAACAAUCUUGCAUGUUCCUGACAGAGUUUUCAUGUGCUCUAUCAUUGCUUGUAGCUUACAUAUGUCUAUAGACAUUGUACUACAAUACAUGAGGGAUGAGUAUCAACAGCUCUGCCAAUCUUGUGUUCAGUAUGAACAAAGCAAAAUUUGUUACAGACUUGUACUAUAUGUGCGAUGUUAAUUUAGAAAUGUGUUUAGAAUGUGUAUUAAGAAAACGUAUGUAUGGAUGCAAUGUUUAAAAGUUUUGAUUAGUAUAUUGUUAAGAGUUUGAUAACUUUUUAGGUAAAUUUUGUAUGUUUUAGUUAUGAUCGUAAAAUUAUGUUCUUAUUAUCCAUAAUUUGUAUUACGUAAUUGUAGGACAAUUUAAUGUUCAUAUAGUAAUACAAAAAUCUUCAAUAAUUAUUUUAUACUAAUUUUAUGUUAUUUGUAUUACAUUGAUACUAUUGUUGAAUUAAAAUUGUAAACGCGAUGUCACAUGUACUCAAUAAGUGUCCAUACAUUUU